AUGCGCCUUAUCGAAGCAGUCAAACAUAGCCGUUGUUUGUACGAUUCAACGGAUAGACAAUACAGGAGCACUGAGUAUAAGAUAAAGGUCUGGAAUCGCCUAGUACAAGUUCUUCAGUUCGAUGGCGAUUCACGGACGUUAUAUGCAAGAUGGAAACAACUUCGAGACAAAUAUGGAAAGGAGAAGCGAAAAGUGAAAUAUCAAGGAGACCAGUCAAAUUGGCAAUACUAUAAGCAUUUAUCGUUUCUUGACCCGCAUAUGAUUGAUCGCGCAGCUAUUGAAUCUCCUGCAAGGAAAGAGCAUCCUGAUGUGCAAGUGACGGUUACGGAUCCAUCUUUCGGUACGAAUUUGAUAGAAGAAGUGCGUGCACAUCCCUGCCUGUUCGACAUACGUGAUCCGAAAUAUAGACAUUCUGAAUGUCGUAACCAAGCCUGGAACAGUGUUAUAGCUCACUUGAAUUAUCCUGGGGAUGUUAAUUCGAUAUACAAACAGUGGAAGAAAAUCAGAGACAGAUAUGUCCGAGAAAAGAGGAGGCUACGUAUGCAAAGGGACAACGGUGUACAUGAUGACAGUACAUGGGAUCUAUAUCCUGCCAUGGCAUGGAUUGACCCUUACCUGGAUGAAAGGGCUCAGCUAUUGAGACAUGUGAAAAGGAAGCAUGAUGACGAGAUGUCAGACUAUGGCGAGCUGGAUGAUAUGGUCAGGUCGGGGUCCGGUCUAGGAUAUAUGGUCUCGGAUAAAGGAAGAACUGAAGGUGGUGCUGAUGUACUUUUGGAUGGCGAUAGUGCUUUUGCUGCUUCAGCAGUUUCAGACCUACGCACUCUACCAGAGCAUGCGAGAGCUCUUGCUAAGGCACAAAUAGAAGCGAUUUUCGACUCGGGAAGAAUGAACGUGCACGCCGAGUUCUAA